UAACCUAUUUUAUUUGAUUGUACGUAAUAAGCGGUGGUUAACCAAAUUACACAGAAUUUUUUUAAAAUAUGAAAUAUUGGGAUAUUGAGAUAUAAGCCAUAUUAAAUGGAACAUAUGAGAUUUCUUUUUAUGUUGAUCUCGCACUAUUCAUAGAAAAGUAGUUCUUUGAUUGUUCCGCAUACGUCGGCAUACUUCGAUGAUCGAGGAAAUUCAAUGGAAUACACCGGAGACAGUUUUCUUGUUUCAGGAGUAAUGUGAAGUGUAGUUUAUUGUCUAUACUAUUAUUACAUUCAUCUUUAUCGACAGAACUCGAAUAACAUUAAGUUUUGGUUAUUAAUUUAAGGAAUACUGUUCAUUAUAAUAUUUUAUUUGCAAUUGUUUCAAAUACAGUCUGUUUCACAAAACAUAUUUAUUGACUUUGCGCUUGUUUGUGCAUAUUUUCAUUUGACAGCCGGAUUCGUUGUUUUAUAGUUUGCUGGUAAAGGUCUGCAGUAAAUGACUCUUAUUUAGAGACAGUCAAAAGUAACAAGUCAUGAGCUUUAGCAGUGACGAAGUGAAUUUUUUGGUGUACAGAUAUUUGCAAGAAUCUGGUUUUGUGCACUCAGCCUAUACUUUUGGAAUUGAAAGCCAUAUCAGUCAGUCUAAUAUCAAUGGAGCACUGGUGCCACCAGCGGCAUUGCUGAACAUCAUUCAAAAGGGCCUUCAGUAUACAGAGGCUGAGAUAAGCAUUGCAGAGGAUGGAUCUGAGCGUUGUAUUGAGACAUUGUCCCUUAUUGAUGCUGUUAUGCCUGAUGUUGUGGAGUCCAGAAAGCAAGCAGCCGUAAAGACACAGAAUGUAAAGUCAGAGCCAAGCAACACAAAUGGGGAAGGAGAAACAUCACAAAGUUGUACUAAUCACACAACAAACAUGGAAGUAGAUGGAGGAGUAGAAAUUCCAAGCAGUAAAGCCACCAUAUUACGAGGACAUGAGUCCGAGGUUUUCAUCUGUGCUUGGAACCCUACAAAUGACCUGUUGGCUUCUGGGUCAGGAGACUCGACAGCCAGAAUCUGGAACAUGAACGAUAACAGUAAUAGUGCUAAUCAGCUGGUUCUGAGACAUUGUAUACAAAGAGGAGGCACAGAAGUCCCUAGUAAUAAAGAUGUAACAUCACUGGAUUGGAAUUGUGAAGGAACGUUGUUGGCGACUGGUUCAUAUGAUGGUUAUGCUAGAAUAUGGAGUACAGAUGGUCGUCUUGUUAAUACAUUAGGUCAACAUAAAGGUCCUAUUUUUGCCCUAAAGUGGAAUAAAAGAGGGAAUUAUAUCCUAAGUGCUGGUGUAGAUAAAACGACUAUAAUUUGGGAUGCUAGUACUGGACAUGCUAAAGAACAGUUUGCUUUUCACUCUGCUCCUGCGCUGGACGUAGACUGGCAGAGUAACCAAACAUUUGCAUCAUGUUCAACAGAUCAGUGUAUCCAUGUCUGCAGGCUAGGGAUGGAUAGACCAAUGAAAACAUUCCAGGGACAUACUAAUGAAGUUAAUGCUAUCAAAUGGGAUCCUCAAGGGCAGUUAUUAGCAUCAUGUUCUGAUGAUAUGACAUUAAAGAUAUGGAAUAUGAGGCAGGACAGCUGUGUUCAUGACUUACAAGCUCACAGUAAAGAAAUCUACACAAUCAAAUGGAGUCCCACAGGUCCAGGGACAAAUAAUCCUAAUGUCCCACUUAUAUUAUCCAGUGCUUCUUUUGAUUCCACAGUGAGGUUGUGGGAAGUGGAGCGAGGGACAUGUAUCCACACAUUAACAAAACAUCAGGAACCUGUAUAUAGUGUAGCUUUUAGUCCAGAUGGCAAAUAUUUAGCUAGUGGUUCAUUUGACAAGUGUGUUCAUAUUUGGAAUGUGCAGAGUGGAUCUUUAGUGCACAGUUAUAAAGGCACAGGUGGAAUAUUUGAAGUAUGUUGGAAUCACCGAGGGGAUAAGGUUGGAGCAAGUGCUUCUGAUGGAUCAGUGUUUGUGUUAGACUUACGAAAGUGACCUACAAAUGGAUAGUACGAAAGCUACCUCUAUAAAUUCUUACUAAGACUGCCAUCAAAUGGUUUUUAAAAAGUGCUAUAUCAGAGGUGUGAAUAUUUUUAGAACUAAAAGUGCAAAGGCUGUGAUACUUACAAAAAACUUUCUUCAAGAAAGAAGCACCUGUUUGGUGGUAAAGAAAGGUCGGAUGGAAAGAGAAGGAUGUAUGGGACCACACUGUUAUCGUGCAAUACAAUCCUACAUCAGAUGGGGGAAGAUCAACUUCAGCAUAAUGGAUGUUUUGUCAUGUCGAUAUUGUCAGUAAAGUUAUUUUGAAUCGAGUAGGAGGAAAACUCCUCUUGUGAGAAAGACCAUAAAACACUAUAUUCAAUCAAAUUUUAUUUUGCAAGAAGAAUAUCAAAAGAGAUUUUUGAGUUGUGAUUGAAACAUCAUACUUUUUGUGCCAUUAUAGAAGUUACUGGUAGUACAAAAUUUUGUUAUUAUAGGGCACAUUUGUUGUCAAGUUAUGUGUUACAUGUUGUUUAUAGAAAUGUACAUCUCACUCAUCAUUGUUUGAACACCUGAUUGGAAAGACAAAUCUAAGACACAUCUUUCUUUGAAUUGCAAAGGCUUGCAGGUUAUGAGUUGUUGCAAGUUCCUUUUCCCUAAAUGAUUGAAUUUGAUAUUGAAAUAUUUUUUUCCUUGUGCAUGCUUUACAAUUUGCUAUUUUAGUUACUUGUUUUGAUUAAGUAGACAUUUCUAACAAGUUAUACAUAAAAAUGUCUAUGAUUUAUGUGUCUGAAACAGAAAAAUGAAUUUAAAUUUUUGAAGGAGGAAAAUUUUGCAUUAAUUUGAGAAUCAUGUUUUUGGAAGUCUUAGUUUUUCCACACUAAACUUGGUGAUUUUGAAAACUUUUUAUUCCACAAAUUUCUUAACAUGGGAAGAAGGGAAAAGAUUAAUGGCAUAAUAAGUUGACAUCAAUCAGGGAAUGUGUCUGAUCUCAGGUAUAAUGUGCCAUACAUUUCAGGUUCUCAUUUUGUGUCCAACUUAUCUAAAUACAUUUUCAUUAGAAAACUAAUAUUGUCAACAAAUACUGUAUGGCUUAGGAGUCUAAUGAUUGUUAAGUCCUUUUUUAAGCAAUAGUGAUUUUUUUGGUGAUAGAUAUUUAUUUUCACAUUUUAAAAAACACCAGAAUUUCAACAUUGCUAAAAGAAGUGGGUUAGCAUCAGAAAUAGAUUUUGAAGUGCAACAAGUUCACAUGAUGAGAUUCUUGACACUUUUAUUUACAACCAAAAAGAAGUUUAUUAUAUCAUUUUAUUUUUCAUGUCCAAGGCUUUGUUCUAAACUUGUGUAAUGAGCUAUUAAUUGUCAAGGAUAUCAGUAAAUGAACAUAGUGCACUUCUUAGAUUGAAUCAGAUUGUUGUUGAGAUGUUGGGCUUAUUUCAUUACUUAAAGGCAGCUAUUCUUGUCAAAUCAUACCAUCAUUUUGUAAUACAUAUAACUUGGUGUUAAAUUACUAUUUUUUUGGCAUUAUUCUAGGAUUUAUAGAUAGUAACCCUAUUUUUCAGGGUAGAUACUGUAAAAUUGUUACUUUUUAGGACAUUUAUACCAUAUAAUUUUAAAAUCUCUUAAUAGGAAACAAUUUAAAAAACCCUUGUGAAAUUACAAUUUUCUUUAUGCCAUAAAAAAAAUGGCUAGCAACUAAUACCUGUAUGGUAAUGUUGUUGUACAAAUUUAAUUUCAUUGAUUCUAAAACUCUUACAAUAGCACAUAAACCUGCAUGAUAAAUUGCUGUUUAGGUCACGAGAAUAUUAUGUGAGGUAAAUUCAUCUAUCAUAGGAAUCCACAGUUAGGAGAUAUUCACUAGAACUGGUGGGUUUUUUUAAAAAUCAAAACAGCUUUCAAAGGGAUUAUAUUUGUCAAUAUAAAUAGAGUUACAUAACAGUGAAUUACAUAAUUGUAUAGUCAUGUUAAAAAGUUUUUUUUUCUGAAAUAAAAAUGGCAGCUAUCAUUUUCAAUCAAUUUCAACUUCUUUAGGUAUUUUUGUUUUAUGCUUGGUUUUUUUUGGCAUAAAAAUAUUUAAUCAGGGGAAAACAAAUGAAAGUAAAUUGAUGUUUUUUGCUUUAAUUUUUUUUCUUCAAAUAGAAAAAAUCUAUUUUGUUCAUAAAUACAGAAAUCAUGAUACGUAUGACUACUAAAAGAGUUUAUUUAAGCUAUUAUUUUCAUUGUUUUAAAUGAUAUACAAGACUUGUGUGGAGGUAUGGCUGUUGUCUCUAAAUGUUUAUGAAUGUUUGUUGAGUGGAUUGUAUGGGAUGGAUUGGGAGGGGAUGUGAAAGUAUUAUAAGGGCUAGGGUUGGGAUUUGUCCUACCAAGUCAAACUUGGGACCUGUGAUGGACAAAGAUAAUGUAGAAUACAUAGCAAUUAUUGUUUUGCCCUAGGGUGUUUAUUAAAAUGUCUGUGAAAAACAGAUAAAAUGAGAA